AUGUCCUCCUCGUCACCCCAGGGUGAUCCGCCCUCGCCUCCUCCCACGCCUUCCUCCACUCGCCCAGGACAUCCGGAAAUAACUGUCGAUGGGCAACGUGUCCUUUCUCAAAUCGAGAACACCGCAACGCUUGGACGUGCGUCGUCAAAGUCGAAUGACAUUCCGACAAUCGCUCAAGGAUUGGCCACCAUUCAGCUCGGACCUGCCAACUUGUUGAACCCCCUUGGUCAUUGCACCACAAGGGAUGUUGACACAGACGUUGAUCAUGGGCCAGGUGACACCAGCGAUGCCAGGUCGGUAUCUUCGGGACGUUCGUCGAAGGUUGGAUUUAGGAAACGCUUGUCGCGAUUCCUCAAGGGCGACCCCAAAGUCAAAGAGACUGCUCCCGCCUCGGCAGCCUCAUCAGCGCCUGUUACGCUCGUUGGAACUGAGAGUCGUAUCCAGUCUGGGCCACCUGACCGUGACGCCGUGCCUGUCUCGUUGGGACUGCACUCACCAGCACAUUCCGCUGAAAUGUUGUCUACGCCACUCAUUGUCCCAGAAACCCAGUUGCAACCGAAUCCUGCUGCGAAUGAAACCCUCUGCGUAGACAUCUUCCCCGAAAACGGUAUCAAACCCACCUACAAGACCGACUUGCCCAAGCCGCAUGCUCGUGUUGAUAAGACCCCGCAGCUUGUCUACUGCUGCAGUCUCCUCUCCAAGGCUCAAGAACCGUUUCCACCAACCUCGGACAGCGAUGUUUCUCAGGAUUCCCCCCUCGACGACAAGGAGAAGGAGUGGGUUCAGCUCAUUGACCACGUCUUGCAGGACCGAUAUCGAUGGCUUGUCGAGCAGUUGGUCAGAGCGUUCGCUGACAACCCACUCAAGGCAUCUGAUGUGGUCACCGAGAUUGUUCUUGUUGGUCCAGUUCUUGACCGCAACACCUACCGCAGCCUGCUCUCAUGCUUCAUCUCCAACUUUGAACAGACAACAGCGCUGGAUGUCACUCUGCUCCAAGGUCUUAUGCAACUGGUCGAGUGCGCCUCAUCUGGAUACCUUGUCGACGAUGAUCUGGUCAGGAUCUCCACUGUUCUCUCCAAGGAGCUGUCGAUUACCCACAUUGGCACGAGUGACUAUCCCUUUCACCUGACGUUGUCGCUCGCUCGAGUUCUUGAUGUGAUGGUGGCUGGCAAGGUGAAGGAUCUGAACCGUGAACGAGACCAUCAGCCGAUGCUGCAACUCUUAGACGGUCUGAAGGACAGCGACAAUAUCGUUCAGAAGUACGAGGCAACCUACGCCUACCAGGCUCUCCAGUAUGCACCCGACGAUGAGACCCCACUCCAAGUGCUGUGGAGAUAUGCCAAGGGACUCCUCAAAGGCAUCGAGAGUCUUCAAGAGAUCGGAGCAGGGAUUGCGGGAACUGUCAGCACAGGAAUUGAGGUGGUCGAGGCCUUUCGUGUUGGUGCUGAUGGGACCAUCCGCGGAUCAGAGAACAAGUUCGACUUUAUGAAGAAGCGGUCGUGGUAUCUCGCUCUGCAAGGAACGGCCCUCUUCAUCCACCAGGGGCGACUUUCGGACUUUAACCUAGUCGUCAGCCAGGCGUCUUGCCGCCACAACACCAACUUUCAAUGGGGGAUCUGCCGCCAGGUCGGAGAGAUUGCAGUCGACCCGCUCUGGGAUGUUCCUGUCCGUCAACAGGCCGUUGACUUUCUAGGCAAGUUGUCCAGGGGUGGUGCUGACCGGAAGCCGCAUGUCGAUGUCAAGCGCUGGAUUCUCACCAUCCUCGUCCAGAUCUCGGGGAUGUCGGAUGUCUCCAUCAAGAAUCGUGCUGUUGCUUUAUUACUAGACCUGAAGAAGGGCGAUAUCGCCGAGUUUCGUGGCUCCCACCCGUUGAGCAGACGCCUCCCUCUGCCAACAUCCUUUCCGCUUCUCACCCGGGUCCAACGAAUCUCUGAAGUGGAAUAUGAUCUGCACGUCUUGAAGUUGAUGAGGGUUUCCGACUACAAGCACACGGUUUACAUCGACCCCAUGGCCAAACUCAACCUCCAAGACACGGAUGACAAUCUGUUCCUUCUCAUGGAGAAGGUCAGAGACUUUCUUGCCGGCGACACCCAGGUGAUGCUGAUCCUGGGAGAUUCGGGAGCUGGAAAAUCGACAUUCAAUCGACACCUGGAACACGAGCUCUGGCAAGAGUACAAGGCAGGAGGCCGCAUCCCGCUUUUCAUCAACUUGCCAUCCCUCGAGCGACCAGAGAAGGACUUGGUUGGGGAGCAAUUGAGGACCUACAACUUUUUGGAGGACCAGAUCCGUGAGUUGAAGUUGCACCGCCAGCUUAUAUUAAUCUGUGAUGGAUACGACGAGAGCCAGCUUACAUCCAAUCUGCAUACCACCAACCUCUUCAACCGAUCUGGGCAAUGGGACGUCAAGUUACUCAUUACCUGUCGCACGCAGUAUCUCGGACGGGAUUAUCGGAGUCACUUUGAGCCCAAGGCGAUAGACCGGUAUGCUCGUGUCGCCAACGAUCUAUUCCAGCAAGCGGUCAUCGCCCCGUUCACCAGGAAGCAGAUCGAGGACUAUGUCAAGAAGGAUUACAUGAACAAGCUAGAGGCUAUCCCCAAUCUAAUGGAUCUAGUCAGGAACCCAUUCCUCCUUACUCUGUCACUGGAGGUCCUUCCUACGGUCGUGCAAGGGAAACCCGACCUCUCUAGGCUUCGGGUCACUCGAGUGGAGCUGUACGACAUCUUUGUGAGGCACUGGAUGGCUGUCAACAAGCGUCGUCUGCAGGAUCAAUAUUUGAACGAGAGCAGUCAGACAGCGCUUGACAUCCUCUGUGCCGACGGGUUCGAGUACAACGGUAUUAUGUACCAGAUGGAUCUGGCGGCGUCCAUCUUUCAGGAGCAGGAUGGCAAACCUGUCGUUUACUACACUCAUCUGAGAGACAGGAAGACAUGGAAGGCUCAGUUCUUUGGUCUUGAUCCUGAAACGGCGCUCCUUCGAGAUUCCAGUCUGCUGAGUCGUGCCGGCAACCAAUAUCGCUUUGUCCAUCGCUCCGUGUUGGAAUACUUUUUCUCUUGCACCAUCUCUGGACCCACCAAGGAGCAUGAUGAAUUUGAUCCGCCUGUCCAUUUCGAUACCCCCGCCACCUCAUCCGCCAUUAGCACCCAUCCAUUGUCCCAGAAGGACCUUGUCGUAGAGACGUCGAUCAUCCAGUUUCUGGCGGAGCGCGUGCAGCUGGACUCUGGAUUCAAGGACGAGCUCCUCGCCAUCAUUGAGCAGUCCAAGUCCGACGACCAAGCAGCUCGAGCCGCUGCGAAUGCCAUCACGAUAUUGGUCAAGGCGGGAGUACGAUUCAACGGAGCCGAUCUUCGAGGUAUUCGGGUUCCUGGAGCCGACAUGUCUGGAGGCCAGUUCGACUCGGCACAACUGCAGGAGGCUGAUUUGACAGGUGUCAACCUCACCAAGAGCUGGAUUCGUCAGGCGGACUUCACCAAGGCGCGGAUGGGGGGAGUUCGGUUCGGAGAGUUGCCGUACCUGAAGGAUGAUGAUGCGGUGUAA